UUGUUGUAAUGUCCCGCAGUACUAUUAGACGCUUUAGCUCGUCUCGUGUUUACGUCAGAUAUAACUCGGUUAAAAAUAACAACACUGAAUUAUUACAGAGAAUUGCCACAAUAUUUAUUCUCUUUGGUGAUAAGUUAAAUGGUGGAGUAAUAUUAACGAAGCUAAAAAACUAGCUUAUUACUGUGACGCUGAAUUUCGAGUAUUUCACGCGUGUGUAAGGAGCGCUACAAAUUAUAGAUAAUAGAAAACAGAAAUCUAUAUUGAUAGUGUAUGAAUAAACGUAUAUAUAACUGGAGAUAAGUCAUAUCUCCCACAGUCCUGCAUACAACUUUGUUGAUAGCACACCGCACGCGUUGUACAAACAAAACACAAUAAAUUCUAAUCUAACAUGAAUGAGGAAAACACGAAUGAAAAUUACACCACAGACGAGACAGAGGCGCUUUUGAGAAAUGAAUCAACCGAUCCAAAUAUCUGUGAUACGGAUGCCAAAGAAGAUGAAGUCAUUCCAAGCAUAUCAUAUUUUACAUUGUUCAGAUUUGCAUCCUUAACAGACAAGUUAUUCAUAUUUAUAACAAUAAUAACUGCGAUCAUAUGUGGAUGCACAGUACCUGUAAAUACGUUAUUAUUUGCUGCGUAUCUUCAAAGUAUGGUGGACUUCGGAAGAUCAGUCCAUGAUGGUACACCACAAGUGGAAGUUUUUCUUCAAGCAGCAAAAACAUUUGCUAUCUAUUACAGCCUUGUUGGUGGUGUUACAAUGGUCCUUUCAUAUAUCGGUACCGUCCUCAUGAAUACAUCAGCGUACAAUCAGGUUUAUCGAAUACGACAAGCAUAUUUGAAAGCUGCUUUAAAUCAGGAUAUCGAAUACUUUGAUACUAAUCAAAUUGGAGACUUCGCUACGAAGAUGUCCGAUCAUGUUGUCAAACUAGAGGACGGAAUAGGAGAAAAAGUGGAAAUGUUUUUCUUCUACCAGGCCGCUUUCUUGAGCUGUGUUAUUAUGGCACUCAUAAAAGGGUGGAAACUAGCUCUACUUUGUCUAGUUUCAUUACCGGUCUCGUUCUGCCUAUUUGGAGCUUCGGGCUGGAUCGCGUCUAAGCUAUCGGAGCGUGAAGCUGAGUUGUCAAGCAAGGCAGGAGCAGUGGUUGAGGAAGUGUUCUCGGCCAUCAGAACUGUGUACGCUUUCAGCGGACAAAAGAAAGAGAUUGAUAGAUAUGAUCAACUUUUGGCUGAAGCCAGGAGUGUCAACAUUAAGAAAGGUUUUUUGGAAGCAAUAUUUAUGGGCCUUCAGGAAUUCUAUAUUUACGGUUCCUACGCCUUAUCCUUUUGGAUUGGAUAUAAACUUAUGAUAAAUGAACCCAAAACAUACGACGUGGAGACAAUGUUGGCAGUGUUCUUUGGAAUAACGAUGGCGUCCAUGCACUUUGAGAUGGCGUCUCCUCUAAUGGACACAUUCGGCACAGCGACCGGCGCAGGUGCACAGAUAUUCAGACUAAUUGAUAACGUCCCAAAGAUUAACAACUCAGAUGCAGGCGUGGCAAUGGACAGCAUGUAUGGAAACAUUUCUCUGAACAACGUCGUGUUUCACUACCCGUCUAGACCAGAUGUACCGGUUCUUAAAGGGGUGAGCCUCAGCGUGCAACGUGGUCAAACCGUAGCCCUGGUGGGGCAUUCAGGUUGCGGCAAGUCGACCAUCAUCCAGCUACUGUCCAGAUGUUAUGACGUCAUCGAUGGAAGCAUAACCAUAGAUGAGAUCGAUAUUCGCAAUGUAUCAGUGAAAUGGCUGCGCAGUAAAAUCGGUGUAGUUGGACAAGAGCCAGUACUGUUCAACACUACGGUGCAGGAAAACAUUCGCUACGGGCGGGAUGACGCUUCGGACUUUGAAGUUGAAAGCGCAGCGAUUCUUGCAAACGCACAUGAGUUUAUUAGGAAACUUCCAUUGGGUUAUAACACACUGGUGGGUGAAAGAGGUGCAUCACUAUCAGGAGGACAAAAGCAACGUAUCGCAAUAGCGCGUGCGAUUAUUCGAGACCCAUCUAUUCUCUUGCUAGACGAAGCGACGAGCGCACUUGAUACAGCUUCAGAAGCGAAAGUUCAAAAAGCACUUGACAGGGCCAGUGAAGGUCGCACUACAAUAGUUGUUGCCCACAGGCUUUCAACAAUUAGAAAUGUCGAUAAAAUAUAUGUUCUGAAAGAAGGCAUGAUAGUUGAAAGUGGAAACCACAACGAACUAAUGUCUGAAAGAGGCUACUACUAUGAUAUGGUAAUGCUACAAUCAAGUCCCGAGACCCCUGAUGCAGUUAUAAGCGACGUCAAUUUCAAGCGAAACAUAUCAAUGGAACAAGGCAUAGACGACGAUGAAGAUUUUGAAGAAAUAGUAGAGGAAGAGAAACAAAGUCCUGAUGAAACUGCAGUAGCGCCAUUCUCCACUGUGAUAAAACUCAGUACCCCAGAGUGGAAGUCUAUAACAGUAGCUACUUUUUGUUCAAUCGUGAUGGGCUUUUCUGCGCCAUUGUUCGGUUUGAUUCUUGGAGACUUUGUCGGGGUACUUUCUAAUCCGGAUACAAAUUUCGUUGAAGCCCAAAUACGAAAAUAUGCAUUCACCUUUAUUGGCAUUGGAAUAAUAUUUGGUAUUGCAGAAUUAUUAACGGCAUUUUUGUUCACAUUGGCUGGUGAACAUUUAACGACAAGAUUAAAAAAGCUCAUGUUUGAAAAGUUACUUCAACAAGAAAUUGGUUAUUUUGACGAUAAGAGCAAUUCAACGGGAUGCCUGUGCGCACGCCUUUCAGGCGAAGCAGCUUCUGUACAUGCAGCAACAGGUCAAAGAAUUGGAACAAUAUUACAAUCUGUUAGUACAUUAUUAUUCGCCACCACAGCUGCGAUGUAUUAUGAAUGGCGCUUGGGGCUUGUUGUCUUAUCAUUCGCGCCGCUAUUGAUUGCCAUUACAUAUAUAGAAGGAAGAUUGGUAUCUGAAGAGUCUAUGGGGAUUGCGAAAGCUAUGGAAUCUAGUUCUAUGAUUGCUGUAGAAGCAGUUGCUAACGUACGCACAGUUUCAGCUCUAGGCAAGGAAGACUUCUUCGUCGAAGAGUAUGCCCGCCAACUGAAGCCAGCACUUCAAAUUGCUAGACGAGCAACUCAUAUGCGUGGACUAAUUUUUGGAUUAUCCAGAGGAAUCUAUGAUUUUGUAUAUUCUGCCUCCUUGUAUUACGGAGGAACUUUGAUGGUAUACCACAACGUUGACUAUGGUGUAGUACUUAAAGCAGCAGAGACACUUAUUAUGGGCUCCUCAUCUGCAGCAUCUGCUUUUGCGUAUGCUCCUGAUUUCCAAAAGGGAUUGAGUGCUGCUGGACGCAUUAUACAACUAUUAAAUCGACGGUCUAAAAUUAAAAAUCCUGAAAUACCAGCGUCGGAAGAUUUCAAAGGAACAGGAAAUGCAAGCCUACGAAAAGUAUUAUUUAAGUAUCCAACACGUCCUUCAGUAAAAGUUCUUGAAAACUUCGACCUGGACAUUGAGAAGAAUAAAACCAUUGCAUUGGUGGGUCCCAGUGGUUGCGGCAAGAGCACUAUUAUACAACUUCUCGAAAGAUAUUACGAUCCCGAUGAAGGAAUAGUGGCUCAAGACAACAUCCCUCUGCCGACGCUUCGUUUAGAUGAUGUGAGGCAAACAAUAGGAUUUGUACAACAAGAACCAGUCUUAUUUGAUAGAACUAUUGCUGAAAACAUAGCUUAUGGAGACAACACCAGGCAAGCUGGCAUUGAAGAAAUUAUAGAAGUCGCAAUACAAGCCAAUAUUCAUGAAUUCAUCACUACGUUAUCGAUGGGAUAUGAAACUAAUGUUGGUAAGAAAGGCACACAACUAUCUGGAGGUCAAAAGCAGAGAAUAGCCAUUGCACGUGCUCUGAUACGACAGCCUAGAAUACUAUUCCUUGAUGAGGCUACGAGUGCAUUAGAUACAGAAAGUGAAAAGGUAGUGCAAGAGGCGCUGGACGCCGCGAAGGCCGGGCGCACGUGCGUGCUCAUCGCGCACCGCCUGAGCACGGUGCGCGACGCGGACGCUAUCUGCGUGCUCAGCGGCGGACUGGUGGCGGAGCGCGGCACGCACAAAGAGCUCAUGCAGCUCAAGGGACUCUAUUACAACUUGAAUAGACGAGGAUUAUAAUACAUCAUUUCGUUAAGUGCAAUAAACGUUAUAGUGCUACCUACACACUUUUAAGUAAUUUAUGAAGUGGACGAAGGAAAAAAUACCCUAUAUCCUUAAAAUGAACUUCUAGAUCAAAAAAUGUAAGCCAAAACUUAAGCAAUUAACUGGAAUUUCUACCAAAACUUAAUUCAGCCAUCUCCAGUUGUGUACCCAGUUUAUCUCAAAAGCACUUGUACAAUUCGACCUGAAAGCCGUCCACUUUAUAGUAAUUAUUGCUUAACGAUUUUAUACCAUUAGAUAUGUUACGUGCCUACAAAAUUACCCCGAAAAGUGAUCCGAAUUUAGCUAUUCUUUUUACUUUUUUUGUAUGUAGAGUUUUUACACUUCCUGAAGAACACGACGUAGUAGACAAUAUUUAGGUAUAAUUUGUUUAAAUAAUUUUCGUUGUUUACUAUGUGACUAAAGUACUAAACGAAAUUAAGACAAUUAGCCACUUUCGUUCACCUCACUUUCGACGCGCUAGUAACAUAUCUAACAGUAUAUAAUCUUUCAUUAUUGUUGAUAAAAUACAACUUGCACAAAUUGGUUUUAAUAGAGUCUUCUAUCUGUUAGGCAAUAUUUGUACAGCUCUCAAAACUUAAUAAAUAUUUGUUGACUCAGUAUUAUGUGAGAAGUGAUAGUGUUGUGUUUCGUGUUUGGAUAUUUAUUUAUUUUAAUUAAUUUAAGAAAGAAAUAAAUUUGUUUUAUAGU